UUGCUGAUCAUUCCUCGCUAUCAGGACAUACCACUUGCAUCUCUACGCAAUAUGUAUUACCAAAUUGACGGGGCGCCGGCACACUAUGCUCGCCAAGUUAAGGAUUAUUUAUACAGAGAAUACCCUGGUCGCUGGGUCGGUCGUGAUGGGCCUUGUGCAUGGCCUCCCAGAUCGCCAGAUAUCACACCAAUGGAUUUUUAUUUGUGGGGGUAUGUAAAGACAUUAGUGUAUACUGGUCGAGCAUUCGAAACCCGCGACAUGUUGAAAGAAAAAAUAAUUUGGGCAUUCGAUCAAAUCAAAAUGAAUCAUCAAGUAUUAUCUCGUGUCGGUGAAUAG